CCUUACCCUUUAUAAUGCCCCGGACCACUUCCCCUGCUAAAUCGUCAUCCAAAACCCAAGGAAAACGCAACACUCUCGUCUCAUUUUCACUUUCACGCUUUCUCUCCCAUUCUUACUUCAUCGGUUUUUCCUUUUUUUCGUUCUCGUUGCCGGCUAUUUUCGCCGGAAAACUGAAGCAUUUCGCCGGGGAAAAAGAUGGAGUCACCGGCUACCGAUGAUCUUCGCGUGAAUUUCCCAGGCAAAAUCGUUACGUCCUCGUGCCGUCGCGUAUUUCGGGAACUUGAACCGUAACUGAAAAAAAACCCUUAAGCAAAAGCGACUUUACUUGGCAGAGUUUUGAAGUUAUUCCAUGCUUUAUCUGGGAAAUCAGAGGCAAAUAAGUAUAUAUAACAAUCAAGCUUAAGAGUCUUGAGUCUUGGUAAACCGCAUUGAUUUUUUGCCCUUCCAAAAAUUAUAUUAGGAAUUUCUGUGUCGAUUGCGUUUGCGGAUCUCAUCACAAAGCAAUAUGUUUUCCAGUUAUCAAAAAGAAUAAUCAACUAGAGUUUGAAGAGCAGCCGUGGUAACGGUGGAAGCGCUUUUCUUUUUUUUUUAAUCAAAGCUGAGAAACAUGCCUUUCCCAAUGAAGAUCCGACCGAUCGAUUUCAACACGCUAGAAGAGGUGUCGCCGCCUCGGUUGGAGACAGUAAAGCCGGUUGUGAAAUCGCGUUUCAAGCGGCUUUUGGAGAGGCAGUUCCCUAGCGUUUUGAGGAAUUCCGAGGCGGAGAAGGUCGGCGCUGCCGCCCCCGAUGAUCUGCCUUUUAACAAAGAAUGCACCGCUGAGUUCGAGCCGAGCUCUGUUUGCUUGGCGAAGAUGGUGCAGAACUUCAUCGAAGAUAACAACGAGAAACAACAAUUUGGUGCGGUUAGGUGUAGCCGGAACCGCUGUAACUGCUUCAGUCGCAACUGCAGCGACAGCUCCGAAGACGAAAUGGAUGAUUUCGAUUUUGGUGUCUCUAAUCUCACUUCGUCCAGUGAAGCGUCUGAAAUUCUAAUGAGUUUGGUUUCUUGUCCGAGUAUAAGUGAAAGGAAUUUACUGGCGGAUACAGCGCGGAUUGUGGAGAAGAACAAUAUCUGUAAGCGUAAAGAUGAUUUUUGCAGGAAGAUUGUUACUGAUGGAUUACUGGCCCUUGGAUACGAUGCUUCUAUCUGCAAAUCUCGCUGGAAAAAAUCCCCCUCUUAUCCCGCCGGGGAAUAUGAAUACAUAGAUGUGAUAAUUGACGGGGAAAGAUUGCUGAUCGACAUCGAUUUCAGAUCAGAAUUCGAAAUCGCCCGAUCAACAAAGACAUAUAAAUCAAUCCUCCAAACGCUACCCUUCAUCUUCGUAGGCAAACCUGAUCGUCUCCAGAAGAUAAUUGCUAUUAUUUCCGAGGCGGUAGAACAAAGCCUGAAGAAGAAAGGAAUGCAUAUUCCUCCGUGGCGAAAAGCUGAGUAUGUCAAGGCCAAAUGGCUCUCUCCUCAUAACCGAGCCACGCCUUCACCUUCACCCACUCAUACACCCACAUUCACAAUUGGACCACUCAAAGAAUUUGAAAUCGAAACCAUAGCUAAAGAAAAAACUGGCCAACCUUUGUUUGAAUUGGACCCUGAUGAGAAAAACUCAGUUGAAGAUGCUGAGUUGGGGGAGUCCAUAUUUGCUUUGUCUGAGAGCUUUGAAGAAGAAGGGAAGGAAAAGAUGGAGAAAGAAGUGUGGAAGCCACCUGAGAUAAAGCCUAAGAGCUCACAAAUUGGGAUUAAGAUCGUGACCGGUUUGGCCUCUGUAAUUGAAGAUGAGCCAAGAAAAUUUUGACUUCGAUUUUUUUUUUCUCUACUCUUUUGGGUUAUUAGAGAAACAAAUACUAUGGUACAUGGUUUAACUGUUUAAAUCCCCUUCUGUUUUUUAUGUAAGGGUUGAUCUGAUUUUACUACUAAUAUGAAAUAAGAUUGUUAUAGAAAUGGUUAU